AGACCGGCGCAUAUAGGCUGCUGUGUUUCCACCGGAAUCGAACGAUGUGCUGACGGUGUCCGGUCACAGAGACUCGUACCUGCCCAGAGGAAGUGUUCAGACCAUAGGUUCAGAAACCGUGAGCGUCCACAGCUGAAAACAACCCACAGACAUGCAGAGAGUUGUUGUUGUGACCGGAGCCAACAGUGGCAUCGGCCUGGCGUUGUGCGAGAGGCUGCUGACUGAGGACACCCAGCUCCGUCUGUGUCUGGCCUGCAGAAACAUGCAGCGGGCCGAGGCCGCCCGCGACACCCUGCUGACGUCUCACGCCGAUGCCCGCGUGGACCUGCUGCACCUGGACGUGGGCUCUGUGGAGUCUGUCCUCGCUGCCGCUCAGGAGGUCAAGGCCAGAUACAGCAGAGUUGACUUUCUGUAUCUAAAUGCAGGAAUUAUGCCCAAUCCACAAGUGGAUGUCAAAGCUUUUUUCAAGGGUCUGUUCUCCACGAAUGUCGUCAACAUGUUCUCAACAGCGGAGGGUCUCUUAACUCAACAGGAUCGAGUCAACGCAGAUGGACUGCAGGAAGUCUUUGCCACCAACCUCUUUGGUCAUUUUCUACUGAUCAGGGAGCUGGAGCCUCUGCUGUGUGAGGCCGGACACACGUCCAGGGUAGUGUGGACCUCCUCCAGUAACGCCCGCCGCUCUGCCUUCAACAUUGAGGACCUGCAGCACAGAAAUGGGACGGAGCCCUACAGCUCCUCUAAGUACGCUUCAGACCUGCUCAGCUUGGCGCUCAGCAAACACAAGAACAGCCAGGGGCUGUUCUCGUCUGUGAUAUGUCCGGGACUGGUGAUGACUAAUCUGACCUACGGUAUCCUGCCCUCGUUCUUCUGGACUCUCAUCAUGCCCAUCAUGUGGCUGAUCAGGAUCUUCACCAACACUUUCACACUGACACCCAGCAAUGGGGCAGAGGCACUGCACUGGCUGUUUCUUCAAAAGCCUGAGUCUCUGGAUCCAAGAGCAAAAUAUCACAGUUUAACAUCAGGCCUUGGAACAAACUACACUCAACCUCGACAGAUGGACAUUGAUGAUGACAUGUCCGAGGUCCUCUAUUCAAAACUUCUUGAACUGGAGAAGGAAGUUAGAAGGAAACUCAGUGAGAGAAACGCUGAUGACAAAGCUCAAACUGUACCUCAAUGAGACGUCUUUCAUUACAAACUGUAAUUAGCUGUUUGUUUAUCGUCUGGUUCCCCCUGAGGUCAUUGACUGACCUCCAACACCGACCUCCAACUCAAUCAUCAGCUGUCAUCUGAAGCUCACCACAGAUCAAUAAUGAUGAUGCACGACGAGGACAUGAACUGUUUGUUCAAACAAGUGCUGACAUCAGCGAUUGACCUUUCAAAAUAUAAGACAUUGGCUAAUUCACUAAAGUGAUGUGUAACAUGACACUUUUGAUUCAGUGGUUUGCUCUAACACUUUAAACUAAAAGCAACAGACUGUUGAACUGUUGUUUCAUGAGCUGUUCAGGCAUGUUCAGCUGCGGGUUAUUUUCCUUUUUGCCAUCUCUGUUAAAGGUGGAUUUGAAUUUUCUGAUUUUCUACUUUCUCUGGUCUCUUCUUGACUUGUUCUAUCAUGUAUUUUGUAAUCCUGUUAUAAGUGUGACUUUUCAUUUCAGCAGUAUAGUUGCAGUCUUCUCUGUUAACAUGCCUGGGACAGCGAAAGAGUGGGAAUAAGACAAAAAAACUUCAUGAGUUGGAAGCCUUUCCCAAAAGCAUUGUAGGAAAUUCCUGAAAUAAACUGAUAGACACUUCUGUC